AUGGAGAAGAGAAGAUCGCCAAGAAGCAGCAAGAGUCCUGGAAGUGCAAUUUUCCCAAAAAGCCCUCUAGUCUACGAGAGUUAUAAGUCCGGUUGUGGUUGGAAAUUGAUAAACUUGUUCGAUUUCAGACAUGUCAAAUCUGGUAAUAAGAGACUGACUCCAGAGAAGAAAUUCAACAGAGAUUCUGCUGGAAAUGUUUAUACUAAAAGCCAGCUUGAUCUACUCAAUAGACUCCAUGACAAAUGUCAGUGUAACGACAGGAUUGUGGAAGGAGAGAAUUCAUGUAAGCCUAAAACAAAGAGAAGAUCUUUUAGUUGUGAAAGAGAAGGUGAGAACUAUGAUGAAUCAUCAAAACCUGUUCAGGGAUUACUAGAGAGAGAGAUCAAAAGGAUCAAGAAUCUAAAGGAAGAGACUUGCGAUAAGCAAAAGCUAAAGCAACCUUCUUCUGAGAAGAACACAGAGAUUAACCUUCAAGUUUGUGUGAAUGAAGCAGCUGAAACAUUCAUCUGUUCAAAGGCAGAGGAGAAAGGAAAAGACCGGUCUAAGCAGUUCAUGGAAGCGUUAGAUAUCUUAAGUUCCAACAAAGAACUGUUUAUCACACUCUUACAAGAUCCUAAUUCGUUCUCUGCGAAGAAAGGUCAAGACUUGGAAGGAUCUAAGGUAAAGGAAGAUGAAAUUGUUGUCUUGAAGCCAAGAUUAUCAUCAAGCUCUGUUGAUGAUAGAGUGUACUUGAGAUUCAAACAUCUUGCCAAGAAGUUGAAGCUUGUUGUUGGAUCUAACAAAGAAGAAACGAAACCUGAAUGUAGUAGUGGUAAAGCUAGAGAAACCGAGGCUACUGCUUUGAGAACAAGUGAUGUUUCUUCUACAAGUAGUACAGUUGUUGAGUCAUCGGUGUUUAGGCGCAAGAAACGAGUUGAGUCAGAUGUUUUCAAGCUGAGUAUGGAGAACGAAGUUGUUCCACCAAGGAGAUUCAUAGUGGAAAGGCAACAAGAGAGAUCAAUUUCAAAGUCUUCACCGGUUUAUGAAGUUCCUGAUUCACUGAGUAGUUUGCAGGCAAAGCUCAAAGAGAGAAGGCAGAGGCUGGAGAAGAGAAGAGAGAGCUUCAAGCUGUGGUCUUUAGACAAGAACUUCGAUGUUUUUGACCCGAAACAACACAGGUCUCUGGACUAUGAUUGCACAAGCUCUUCUGAGACUACAAGUCUGAGAACUCAUGUAGAAGAUAGAAAUGAGGAAGAUAGAUAUCUUGAGAGCUCAUCAGCGGAGUCGAAUCUGAAACAAGAGCAGGAGCAACCGAGUCCUGUCUCUGUUCUGGAGAGGAUUCAUUUGGAAGAUGAAACUGUUAGCUUUACUAAACUCGAAGAGCAGAUUGGAUUGUUAUCAUUUGAUCAUCCAAACAUGGAGAUUGUGGAGAAAGACUCUGUUCAUGAGUUUCUGAAGAGAGUUCUUGAAGCUUCAAGACUGGAUUGGACUAAUCUUAUGGUGAGAUGCAACGAAGAAACAUCACUGCUCGACGAAUUCUCACACGGUGGUGAUAGUAGUAGCAACAAGGAUCAGCUUCUUCUUGUUCUUGAUUACACGGACGAGAUUCUCCGAGGGAUUUACCGUCAAGACAUCAAGUUUUGGCCUUUCACGGCGUCCAAGAGCUCGAGAGUUGUCAAUCUAUCACCGUCCCUUAGAGAAGAAGAUCUGAUUCAGGAGACGUUGAAACGUUUUGACUGGAGUUUGCUCUGUUGCAAUUCUCCAAGAACGUUGGAUCAGAUCAUGGGGAAUGAUCUGGUGAAGCCAUGUCUUUGGUUGGAUUUUGGUGGUGAAUCUGAAGGUGUUGUGUCUGAUGUCGUUGAAAAUAUUCUGCAACAGUUGGUGCUUGAGAUCUCUCAUGAGCUAAGAACAAUGCAGAGGAGGAUAUGUAGAUUAAUCUGA